AUGAGUGAUGCAGAUGUACCUCUUCACGAGUCCAUAAAUUUGGAGCUACAAAAAACCAUUGCCAAGAAUAUGGAUGUGAAUAUCAAACCCUGUGCCGAUUUCUAUAAAUACACUUGUGGCAACUGGUGGAGACAUCACGACAAAUUUAACUUUGAAGAGACGUUGAAAUAUGAUAUCAACACGGAAUUGAUUGGACUUAUCGAGGAUAGUACCAAUUCCUGGCAGAAUAAACCGAAGUUUACUCACAAGGUCCGGGAUCUCUUUAAAUCGUGCAUGAACUCCGAAGAGUUUAUUUCCGAAUAUUAUAUGCGACAACUGCGUAGAUUGGAGGGUAUCGAUUGGGCGCUGUGGGCCAAAAAUGAAAGUAUUGAUGAUUGGGUGGAAAUAUUUGCUGUGGCCACGAAAUAUGGCAUGAAUGACAUUUUACUGGAAGGGGUGAUUGCCCCCUUGGAGAGCGCUGAUGAUCCGUCGAAUGUGAUGACCAUACAUCUGAGAAAAGGUGUCAGCGAUUAUGGUUUUAAUGAAAUGAUCACACACGAUGUUAGACGUUUGCGCGAUACAAUGGACAUGGAGACAGAUCUUAUGGACUAUUAUGAGGCAAUACGGAAUUUUGAAAUUGCCCUUAGAGAACUCAAUAACAAGGAAUAUCCGGCAAGUCCACGACAAAUCUUGGAAGUUAAAGACUUACCCAUUGAAUGGCUGAAGAAAUAUUUGGAAUAUAUUGUGGCUCCAGACUACGCCUUGGAUCCGCAUAUGAAAGUCGUCGUAACUGACCUGGAUUAUUUAAAGGCGUUAGAUGCCCUUCUAAUGAAAACUGAUAAAAAGUUUUUACGUAUUUACAUUGAAAUGCGGUUUCUUCGUCAUUUCUAUCACAAUGUAAGGGUACAUCGUAAAUAUUCCUGCCUAGCGGCUGUGCGAGGUAUUAUGCCCCUGGCAAUGCAUUGGAUUUAUGAAGAUAUGCAUCAUUUGGAUGCCGUGACAGUGAAUGACAUCCAAACUAUGUUCACGGCCAUUUUACAACAAAUCUAUGAGACUUUACAUCGGGAUCGAUAUGGUGUUGUUGAUGCGGAAUCUCUAGAAAAGCUGAAGAGCAUGAAAUUAAUAAUCGGCAAUUUGCCGAGGCAUAACACCACCGAUUUUCUGGAAGAAUUUUAUGCACCCAUUAUGGUGAAGCCCCAAUUUUAUAAAAACUUUUUAGCCAUACAAAAAUUGCAAACCAGUAAUAUGCUCAAGGCUCUCUAUAACCGUGCCGAAGAUAAUUACGUCUCUGACGAAUUUUAUGAUACAUUUGAAAAUUUCAACAACGUUGCUGUUAACAUUCCCAAAUAUUAUCCCGCACACAAUGUACUUCUGCUGCCCACAUAUCUUCUCAGAUCGCCAUUGUAUCAGCAGGAAUUUGAACCGAUUUUCAAAUAUAGUCUCUUAGGCUCCACCUUGGCCUCAGCUGUAUUUUCUACGCUACACUUUAACGAUUUCACUAAGGAUCAAAUAAAUACCGUUAUAUUUGCUGGUAGCAUUCGAACUUCCUACGAUGUGUUUUUCUCCAGAGAAGUUACUUUGGAAAAUUUCGAAGCUAUUGAUGAUCUCAAGAAGUUAUCGAAGAAACAAUUGUUCUUGGUCAACGCCAUGCACGCACAUUGUGGUCGUUCAUUCAACGAAGAAUGGUUUAGUGAUAGGGCAUUAUAUUUCCCAGAAUUUUCGAAAAUCUUCGAUU